AUGCAGAGGCCUAACACACUUAUUUUCGGGGAGCUGUGGGAGGAAGGGGAAGAUGGCGAUGAUGGAGGCAUUGGACCGUUCUGUUUACUGUACGCUUUCAACAGGUUUAUCUUGCUGACAGUGAGCGUCCUGACCACCCUGGAGAGACGUUUCAACCUCCAGAGCGCCGACGUGGGCGUCAUCGCCAGCAGCUUUGAGAUCGGCAACCUGGCCCUCAUCCUGUUCGUCAGCUACUUUGGCGCCAAGGCCCACCGGCCCCGCCUGAUUGGCUGCGGCGGGAUCGUCAUGGCGCUGGGAGCGCUGUUGUCGGCCUUACCGGAGUUUUUGACUCACCAGUAUGAGUACGAGGCCGGGGACUCGUGGCAUGCUGAGGACGGCAGGGACAUCUGCUCCAACAAAACUAGGUCUGAAAAUCGAGACUCUGGGUUUAACUGCGGCAACCGAGCCAACACCAACAUGAUGUAUCUUCUGCUGAUUGGAGCCCAGGUUCUGCUUGGCAUCGGGGCCACGCCUGUCCAGCCUCUAGGAGUGUCUUACAUUGACGACCAUGGCAAGACGGCCUGCGGUUCGUUCUGUGAAUACUUUGAUCUGCGCGGUCUCUGCCAGCAGCGGCACGGCGUGGAGAGGAGGGAGGAGAGGGCUGAAAGAGCAGAAAAAAGAGAAAAUAGAGGCCAUAUGAGGCUUUACAGCCCCUACUGGUCUCCCCCGAAACCUGGUGCUGCUUUUACAAAGUACAAAACCAUGUCCCCAGCCAACUCCACGCGAACCUGCUGUGCCGGUGGCUUCUGCUUGAUGUGA